UUGCGUUCAUUUCGGACAUCUCUUCUUCGAAACGAAGCUCUCUCCUCUUCUUCUCUCCUUCACACACUGAACCCAAACAAACAGAGAGAGAGAGAGAGAGAGAGAGAGACGCUCUUCCUCUUCAUCUUCCUCUUCUUCUUCUUCCUCGUCCUUCGUCCUCCUGCUUGUGCUUCUUCUCGCUCUCAAUCUCCAUGUUCGCGGGUGAGCUCCCGUGAAACCCUAGCGGACGACUCGACUCUGCUCUGCUCUGCUCCUGCCCCCAGCGAGGAUGGCACAGAAGCUCGAGCUCCAGCUGAAGGAGCUCGGAUCCAAGCUCGAGUCCCCUCCUUCCACCAAGGAUGCCCUCGCUAAGCUCCUUAAGCAAGCCCUUACAUGCCUUGCUGAGUUGGAUCAGUCGCCAUUGGCUUCAAUAUUGGAGUCAAUGCAGCCUCUCUUAAAAGCAAUAGUCAAACCAGAGUUGCUGAAGCAUCAAGAUAGGGAUGUCAAGCUUCUGGUUGCCACAUGUCUUUGUGAGAUUACCCGGAUUACUGCUCCUGAAGCUCCUUAUGAUGAUGAUGUCUUAAAGGACAUUUUUCAGUUGAUUGUUGGUACUUUUAGUGGGUUAACUGAUACAUCUGGCCCAUCAUUUGGAAGACGAGUAUUCAUACUGGAGACUCUUGCAAAGUAUAGGUCAUGUGUCGUGAUGUUAGACCUAGAAUGCGAUGAACUGGUGAAUAAGAUGUUCAGCACAUUUUUCACUGUUGCCAGUGACGACCAUCCAGACAAUGUCCUUACAUCAAUGCAAACCAUCAUGGUUGUCCUUCUAGAAGAGAGUGAGGAAAUCCACGAAGAUCUCCUGUUAAUAGUAUUGUCGAAGUUAGGUCGCAACAGAAAGGAUGUUUCCAUGGCUUCAAGGAAGCUUGCUAUGAAUGUCAUAGAGAGCUGUGCUGUGAAGCUUGAACCUGUGAUAAAACAGUUCCUUGUAUCAUCAAUUUCGGGAGAUAGUGAGCCUUCAAAUGAACAUAUUGACUGUCAUGAAGUCAUUUAUGACCUAUAUAAAUGUGCUCCUCAGAUUUUAUCUGGAAUCAUCCCAUAUAUCACUGGAGAGCUACUGACUGAUCAGUUAGACACCCGCCUAAAAGCUGUGAGAUUAAUAGGAGACCUAUUUUCACUUCCGGGAUCAACUAUCUCUGAGACUUUUCAGCCAAUCUUCUCAGAGUUUCUGAAGAGAUUAACAGAUAGAGCAGUUGAGAUAAGAUUGUGUGUCCUUGAUCAUGUCAAGAACUGCCUACUUUCAGAUCCUUCCAGAGCUGAAGCUCCUCAGAUUAUCUCUGCACUAUGUGACCGGUUGCUGGACUAUGAUGAAAAUGUGCGAAAGCAAGUUGUUGGUGUUAUCUGUGAUGUUGCAUGUCAAUCCCUGAAUUCUGUUCCUGCUGAAACCGUAAAGCUAAUUUCAGAUCGUCUUCGAGACAAAUCGGCACUAGUAAAAAAAUAUACAAUGGAGAAGCUAGCUGACAUAUUCCGUGUGCAUCUGGCACAAUCUGAUGAAUCAGUUGAUGCAAAAUUUGACUGGAUUCCUGGGAGGAUCUUGAGAUGCUUUUACGACAAAGAUUUCCGAUCUGAGACGAUCGAAUCAGUCCUAUAUAGUUCAUUGUUCCCUUCUGAAAUCCCAAUAAAAGGGAGAGUUAAAUGUUGGGUGAGAUUCUUCUCGGGGUUUGAUAAAGUUGAGAUAAAAGCCCUCGAAAGAAUAUUGGAGCAGAAACAAAGGUUGCAACAGGAGAUGCAGCGAUAUAUAUCUCUUAGGCAGACUUAUCAGAACGGCGAUGCUCCAGAAACUCAGAAAAAAGUUCAAUUCUGCUUCAGAGUUAUGUCUCGUUUCUUUACUGAUCCCGCAAAAACAGAGGAGAAUUUUCAGAUUCUUGAUCAAUUAAAAGAUUCCAAUGUCUGGAAGAUACUAGCAAGCUUGCUAGAUCCCAACACUAGUUAUGGACAGUCCUCUCUCUGUCAGGAUGAUCUGCUAAAGAUUCUUGGUGAAAAACAUCGGCUUUAUGAUUUCCUCAGCACUCUCUCCAUCAAGUGUUCUUAUCUACUAUUCAACAAGGAGCAUGUGAAAGAAAUUCUUCAGGAGGCUUCUGCUCAAAAAUCUGCUGGAAAUACUCAGCACGUGUCGUCUUGCAUGGACCUUCUAGUGAUUCUUGCACGCUAUAGUCCAUCACUUCUAAUUGGGUUUGAGGAGGACCUUGUUAGUUUUCUCAAGGAUGACAGUGAUAUUGUAAAAGAGGGGGCCUUGCACGUUCUAGCGAAGGCUGGUGGCAUUGUCCGGGAACAACUUGCUGCAUUAUCAAGCUCGGUGGACCUUAUAUUGGAACGGUUGUGUUUAGAAGGAAGUCGCCGACAAGCAAAGUAUGCUGUACAUGCACUUGCAGCUAUUACAAAGGAUGAUGGGCUGAAGUCUCUAUCUGUAUUGUACAAGAGGCUCGUGGAUAUGCUUGAGGAAAAGACCCACUUACCUGCAGUAUUACAGUCUCUAGGAUGCAUUGCACAGACUGCAAUGCCAGUUUUUGAGACUCGGGAAAAUGAUAUUAAAGAAUUUAUUAAAAGCAAGAUUCUAAGUUGCAACAAUAAGGUAGAUGACAGUACAAAAACAGGUUGGGAUGACAGAAGUGAACAAUGUUUGUUGAAGAUAUAUGGAAUCAAGACCUUAGUCAAAAGUUACCUACCUGUUAAAGAUGCUCAUCUUCGUCCUGGAAUUGAUACCCUUGUGGAAAUUUUGAGAAAUGUACUCUCGUUUGGAGAAAUUGCACAGGAUAUUGAAUCAAGUAUUGUAGAUAAGGCUCAUAUGAAGUUAGCUUCUGCGAAGGCAAUUCUUCGUUUGUCGAGAUACUGGGAUCAUGAGAUUCCCAUGGAUGUCUUCCACUUGACCUUGAGGACACCAGAGAUUGGUUUUCCUCAAGCAAAGAAGAUAUUCUUGAGCAAAAUUCAUCAGUACAUAAAAGAUCGCCUCCUGGAUGUAAAAUAUGCUUGUGCCUUCUUAUUUGGCAUUGAUGGAUCCAAAGCAUCAGAAUUUGAAGAGGAAAGACAAUAUCUGGCUGAAAUCUUACAGAUUCAGUACCAAGCAAAGGCACGACAACAAGCCUCACAAAGUGAUGCAAAUUCUCCAAUCACUCAUCCUGAAUACGUUCUUUCUUAUAUGGUGCAUGCUCUAGCACACCAAUCAUGUCCCAACAUUGAUGAAUGCAAGGAAGUUACGGCAUAUGAGUCAUUAUACUGGCGGUUGUACUUAAUUAUUUCUAUGCUGGUUCAUGGAGAUGACGAUGGCAAAUCAGAAAAUAACGAUAGUAGGGAACAGGAGACUUCAUCAAUAAUUUGUAUCUUUCAAACUAUCAGGCGUUCAGAAGAUGUCACUGAUGCUGCAAAGUCUAAGAAUUCGCAAGCUAUCUGUGACCUUGGGCUGUCAAUUGUCAAGCGCUUGACUAAAGCAGAGGUUAAUCUAGAUGCACCGCCUGUAUCAGCUGCUUUGCUCCCAGCACUUUACAAAUUGUAUGAGAGCAAGGAAGUAGAUGGAUCCGACGCCCGUGAACCAAAGACUUGGUUGGCAGAUGAGAGCAUCUGGACUCACUUCGAUUCACUGAAGCUUGAAAUAAGCAGCAAGGUUCCUGCUGAAAAUCCUGGAGAUACUGAUCUAAAGGAGAAUGACAAGGAUGGAAGUGAACUUCCAUUAAAGAAAAUGAUGAAACGUUUGAAACCACAUGGUACCAAGAGUAAAAAAGGCAAACCUGUGAAAUCUGAAAAGGAAAAAGUUGAAAAUGAUAUCGAUGUCCUGAAGAUGGUGCGAGAAAUAAAUCUGGAUAGUCUGGGCUUGUCCAGUAAGUUUGAUUCUAGCAACGGUCAGGAACAGUCUCCCUCUAAACAAAGAAAAGGUGAAGAAAUGCAUCAAAAUGGUAACAAAAGUGAAGCUACUGUUGCAAGCCUGGUCUCAAUACCAAAGCGUCGGAGGUCAUCGUCUGCUCAAAGUCCUGCCAAACUACGCAAAAACAUUGCCCAUGGGUCUGAAGAUAAAGCAUCUCUGCACAAAAGGUUGGGCAGUUCUCCGGAUUCAGACAUCUUGGCUUCUGGCUUCAGCAAGAAGAAAAGUUCCCUAUCAAAGCAGAGAGGCAAAGGCUCUGAUGAGGGACAGACUGAGAAGUCAGAUGAAGUUGGAGAAGUUCAUGAUGAUGAUCUGAAGACUGAUAAGAGGGAACCUACAAAAUCUCCCUUGGACUCUAUGAAGAAGCGGAAACGAAAAGUCAUGGGAGGGCUGGCUAAGGGCACAAUGAUGGAAACUGAAAGCCUUGAAGAUUUGAUUGGAUGCAAAAUAAAAGUUUGGUGGCCCAUGGAUAAGAAGUUUUAUGAAGGAACCAUUAAAUCCUAUGACCCUUCAAGAAAUAAACAUGUUGUUCUAUAUGAUGAUGGAGAUGUGGAAAUACUCAAUUUAGAAAAGGAGCGGUGGGAGCUCACUGACAAGGGCCAAAAGUCUGCAAAGAAGUUGAAAUCGUUGAAGACUACUUCAAAAAGAGUGUCAUCUGGGCAGAAAAUCAAGAUUUCUGGUAAUUUACCAGGAAUUGGGGAAUCAUUUAAGAUGGUUAAAGCAAAAGGAACUCCAAAGAAACAAAAGCCAGCCCAACUAGGUGCAUUGGAAACUAACAGUGAUGAAGUGGAGGAUAAACACCGUAUUUCAGACCUAUCUGAAGUAGAGCCCAGCACAUCUACUAGAGAGGAUGACCUAAAAUUGGAUGAUUUGGAAGUUGAGAAAGGAUCCAACAAGAGAACAGAUUCGAAGCGGAAAAGGAAGCCCACCACCUCGGAUGAAGAAACAGGCAGCCCAAUUCAAGAUAAUAUAGGAUCCGACGAUGAAGAGGAUGCUCCGGUGAAACUUCCAGACAGGAAAGGAUCCAAUAAGCGGGCCCGUUCAAAGCCGGAAAGCAAACAAGUAAAGGGUAAAAAGAGAAAUGUGGGCCGUAAAGAGGCCUCUGAUGAAGAUGGAGCCGAUUCUGACCACCCGGUGGAAGACGAUCGAAAAUCCAAUGAAGAAGAGAAUGUUCUGGUGAGUUCAGCGAAGAAGAAAGGAUCUAACCAGAGGGCUGGGUCAAGUUUGAAAAGGAAGCCUGUGAAAGGUAAGAAGAAAAAUCUGGACCUGGAGGAGGCCACUGAUGAAGAGGAGGGCCCUCGGGCCAGAGACAUUUUGAUGCAAGAUGCCGAAAAUUCCACCCAGGAAGACAAUACCGCUGGUAAUCUUACAUACAAGAGGGGAUCCAAGAGGAAGGCGUCCUCGAAGCCUAAAAGGAAACCGGUUAAAGAUAAAUUGGAAAGUGCGCGUCUUGCAGAGGCCUCCAAGGAAGAGGCCAGAGACAAUGCACAGAGCCCGAUCGAAGAUGAUAGAAGAUCUGAUGAAGAGCAGAAUCCUCCAUUGGGGGAAAGUGAUAAAGAGGAAAGCAAUUCAGAGCCAGAGAUGACAAGAAGCAAACCCAAAAUCCAAGGGAAAACCGAGGAGAAGUCUCCGGAGCCAUCUGCAGACGAGAAGAUUGAAAUUCCAGAUGACGAGCCUCUGAAAUUGUGGAAGAGGCGGGUAGGGAAAUCCUUGAAGAAAGUAGGGUGAAGCAGCUCGGAGAAGUCCAAAUUAGUCUUGUGUAGAAGCCGAUCUAGUGGUAGUUUCUGUAGAUGUUCAGGUUUUCAGUUCCUUUGCGUCGAAACUUUUCGCUGCCAGCUCAACUCUGCUCAAGGGAAGGUUGUGCCCGUUAUAACCUCGAAGUUUCAUCAAGAACUAGUAACGGAUGCUUUGUGGAGUUUGUUCAAGUUGGGGUGAUCAAUGUUCGUGUAGAAUAGACAGCUAACGUUCCCGUCUUUCACAUAAAGGGUUCUCAAAUAUGUGCAAGAAUGUCAGUGACACAGGAGAGUGUUCAUACUUAGGAGGUGACUAGAUGUUCUUUCUGUUGGGGGAUGCAAAUGUUGGUCUGGUAAAUUAGGAAAUGAAAUAGGCAGACAUGAGUAUAUGGGGCCUCCUGUACAGUCAGUCCUAUUCUAUGUUAGGGAUCGCUUGUAAUGACUUUUGAUUUUACAAUUAUAGGACAUUCUUGUUUAGAACUUUAACAACCCCCCCCCCCCCCCCCCCCCCCCAAAAAAAAAAAAAACGGUGUUAGCUUCUCCGAAAUUCCUCUUGGGAAGGCUUAUUUCCUUCUUUUUUUUUUUUAAUUUGAUAAGUAGGCUUCUUUCCGUUUGAUGUGUUAUAUGUAGUUAGUAGAACUUGCCAAGGCUUUCUGGGUUUUUGUUUUUGCUUGAAUAUAAGGCGUUAUGGUCGUUCCCUUGUA